CCACUCGCACACAGACACAGAGGUUAGCGUUAGCCUCCAAACUAACUUAGGUUAUAUACGGGCUUAAAAGUGGCGUCACUUACAGCAUUUUACACAUUUAUUCAGAACACAAGUCUUACUACAGUACAUACAUGUAGGCAUAGAUAUUGGGACGCGAAAGGAGAUACAGUUUACCAACUUUAAAGCAGUUCUUCUUUCCACAGCAUCAUUAUUUUGCCAUGGCCGAUCCAGAGACACCUCGUAGUGGACGGUCAUCCUCAAGUAAGUCUAAGCGCUCCAGCUCAAGAAAAGAAAAGUCAAAAAACAAAAGUGCGGUGGCCUCCCCAGCACCCAUUGAGUCCAAUCUGGAGGUGGCAGAAUCAGAGCCUGCAGUAGGAGAUCUUCAAAAGGACACUGACCCGAAUGCUUCAGCAGUGUCAAAGGAAAUAGAUUCACACACCACAGGCCUGAGGGAUUGGUUUAAAAGGUGUGUGGCUUUAACGGAUAUCUCUGAGGCUUCCUGGUCAGAAGAAAACAACAGAGCCCUGGACAAGUUCAUCACAGACAGCACAAUCAAGAUUCUCAUUAUCUACCUCGACCCUUUCACUGGCCUGCGUGUGCAGCACACCAUGCCAAGUCAGGUGGUGGAGCAGCUGGCCUACUUCAUACGUGAGGAGGAGACUGUGAUUAUGGAGGAGAGUUUUGAGAGCUCUGUGCAGUUUGGCAUAGUGAGAGGAGGGGAUAUGGAAAGCCUGCUGAGGCUAAUGAUGGGGAUUCAUGCGUCACAAGUCGCUCUCAGCACGGCCUGGCCAGAGAGCAUCAAGAACAACUACUCUACACACAUGAACCGCUUCCUCACCAACCUCACAGAUACCAGGUAUAAACUUGUGGGGAAAACUGUGCUCUACAUCCCAGUGGAAGCCCUGCAGCAUAGCCCAGAGGUGGCUGCCAGGGACAAAGAGCUGGUGAAGAGAAUGGAGGUGGUGAUGAUCCAUUGGACGCGUCAGAUAAAAGAGGUAUUGAAUGCCCAGGAGACGGUGGAGAUUGGGGACAGCUCCGGUCCUCUGGAGGAGAUCGACUUCUGGAAGAGCAGGUGUUCUGACCUUUCUGGCAUCAGUCAGCAGCUCCAAAAACCUGGAGUCCUCCACAUUCAGGCCAUCCUGCAGCUUGCCAAGUCCUCUUAUGUACCUCCAUUCUGCAGACUGGCCAAGCAGAUCCAGGAUGGUACUCAGCAGGCCCAGUCUAACCUAUCUUUCCUGUCCUUGCUGAGGGAGCCUUGUGAGGAGCUGGCCCUCCUCAAACCUCGCGAGGUAGAACCCAAGCUGGCACACAUCAUCAACGUGAUCCGUGUCAUCUGGGUCAACUCCGUCUACUACAACACCCGCGAGAGACUCACCACACUCUUCCGCAAGAUGAGUAAUGAGAUCAUCCGGCUGUGCUGCAGAGAGAUCUCGGUGGACAGGAUCUUCCAGGGCUAUGUGAUUUCCAGUAAACAGACCCUCAAUGACUGCAUCCAGUGCUGUGUGUCCUGGAAGGAGCGCUACCUUCAUGCUUCACAGCUACAUCACAAGUGUUCCUCAGAAGGCUGGGUGCUUGACCAGAUCAGCAUCUUCGCUUUGGUGGACGCCUUUGUGCAGAGAUGCAAAGAUCUGCUGGAGGUGUGCGAGUGUCAGCAGCAGUUUGCCCGUCGCAAGGAAGGCGAGCAGAUGCCGUUGCCAUGCUUUGCAGGGCGCCAGGGGCCGGAGGUCACCAGGAACCUGCUGGAGAUUGAGGCCACCUUCGACAAGAGUCUGCAAGUCCUGCGCUCGGUGCGCAAGGGCAUACUAGAUGUCAGAAACACCUCCUGGCAUGAUAGCUAUAACAGAUUUCGGGCAGAAGUAAAGGACCUUGAGGUGAUGAUGCAGAAUUUGAUCAACACGGCUUUCAAAACGGUCAAUUCAGUGGAGGAAGGGGUCCAGCUGCUCGAUGUCUUCCAGCACCUGUCGGCUCGAGAGGCUAUUAAGCGGACUCUAAGCAGAAAGACGGUGGAUGUGUACGCUAUGUUGAGUAAGGAGGUGUACCUGGUAAAUAAGGAGCUGAGCCAGAAGACAUUGAACAAGCCUCCGCACAUGCCCCAGAAUGCAGGCCAGGCGCACUGGGCCCGAGCAAUGCAACGUCGCAUACAGGGACAGAUGCAGGUCCUAGAGAAUGCCCACUUUUUGCCUCAGAUCGAAAAUGACAAGAAAGUGCGUGAGGCAUGUAUGCAGUUGCUGCAGAAGCUGGACGAGCUGGUCAGGAGGAUGUACAGUGAGUGGAGCCAGAGCCUAGACCGGGGGAGCCUGAAAAACCUCAACCAGCCUUUAAUGAUCCGCUGCAAGGAAAAAGCAGGCAUGCUGGACAUCAACUUCGACAAGAACCUGCUGAAGAUGUUUAAUGAGAUGUAUUACUGGGAGAGGCUGCAGUUCGAGAUCCCGCACCAUGUAUCAGAGGCUUAUCAGCGCAGGGAGGACCUGCGCACCAUGAGGGAGAACGUACUGCUAGUGGUCCGAGACUACAACAGGAUCAUCUCAGCCCUUUCCGCAGAUGAAGUGGGCCUGUUUCGAGAGCGGAUUCGCUUCCUAGAUAAGAAGCUCCAGCCGGGCCUGUCCAAAUUGCUGUGGUCCUCUCAUGGAGCUUCCAACUUCUUCAUCAGCGAGUGCAGACUGCACGCCAGCAAGGUGCAGCUAAUAGUGGAUGAAUAUAAGGCUGCUAAUCUAGCUAUCUCUAAGCACUGUGGGGAGAUUAGCGAGCUGCUGCUGGUGCGUUUGGAUGGAAGGACGGUCUACAGAGAUUUGGAGUUUGAGGAAGAUCAGCAGGCCCAUCGACUGAGCCAGCUGCUCCGGAUCAAAACUUCAUACCAACACAUCGUCAACACCAUGAGCAGAGUUUAUGAAACCUUCCACAAUGAUGGGCCAGAGGUGCAGCAGCACUGGGUGUCGUACACUGAGAAGAUGGAUCUUAUGCUAGAAGAAGCUUUGCGUCUAAACGUUAAAUGGUCCCUACUGGAGCUCUCUAAAGCAAUCAGUGGAGACAGCAAAAGUCCCCCCGAUCCUUUAUUCAAAGUACAGGUGGUUCUAAGACAGUAUGGGCCAGGGUCAACUGCUCAGGUGGAGUUUUCCCCCACUCUGCAAAAACUAGCACAGAUAGUGAACAGCAUCAACUCUCAGCUCAUCAGCACUAUCUCGGUGUUCCAGCGGCUGCCCGACCUGCUCACGCGCAAGCGCUCUCAGAGGAAACCUGUCCACAACAUCAUCGAGCAGGAUGAAGAGAUCUGUAAGAUCCAGGCUGCGAUAGCUGCAGGUAUGACUGCAAACGCAAGUCACCUGCAGGCCUACCUGAAGACCUGGGACAAGCACCGUGAGAUAUGGGAGAUAAACAAAGACUCCUUCAUCCGACGCUACCAGCACCUCAACCCUCCUGUGUCGUCGUUCGAUUCUGACAUAGCCAGGUACUCUGAGGUGGCAAAUAAUGUGCAGAAGGAGGAGACGGUGCUGAGUGUGCAGUUUGUGUUGCUGGACUGCUCGCCUCUGAAAUUCUCUCUGGUGCAGCACUGUAAUGAGUGGCAGGGCAAGUUCACACAGCUGCUCAGCCUUAUGGCCAGCACCAGACUCAAAGAGCUGCACUCCUUCCUGCAGGACAAUGCACAUAGGCUUUCGCAGCCUCCUCAGACUCUGGUAGAGCUUGUGGAGGGUCUGAAGCUCCUGGAGACUCUGCAGGGGGAUCUGAAUAAAAUCGAGAGCCAGAUUCCUCCCAUCCAUGAGCAGUUUGCCAUCCUGGAGAAAUAUGAAGUCUCAGUGGAACGCGAAGUUCAGGACUUGCUUGAGGCUCUAAAUGGGGAGUGGCAGGGGUUCCAGCAGGUGGUGAUUGACAGUGACAUCAUGCUCAAGAAACACAAGGACAAGUUCAAGAGUGGCCUUUUCUUCUCUGCUGAGGAGUUCAAGAAAAAGAUGCAGACCACCAUGCAAGACUUCAACAGCACUGGUCCCUUUGGCAGUAAUGUAAGCUCAGAGGCAGCCCUUGAGCAAAUCUCUGUGCUCAGAGCCCAGCUUGAGUCCCUAAAGGAGGAAGAAGGCACAAUACGACAUGGCCUUAGUAUCUUCAAGACUGAACAGCCCACUUCCAAAGACAUGCAGAAUCUGGAGAAGGAUAUAGAUUACCUGCUGCAGGUGUGGGAGAUCUCUCAACAGUGGGAUACUCAUUGGGAUGAAUGGAAGGCUGGUCAGUUUGCCUCUCUACAGACAGAGAACAUGGAAAGCACAGCACAAACCAUGUACAAGAAUCUCAACAAACUCAGCAGAGAACUAAAGGACAAACAAUGGGAGAUAGUGGAGUUCUCCAAGAACAGGAUCGAGCAAUUCAAGAGAACCAUUCCCAUGAUAUUGGACCUGAGGGAUCCGGCCAUGAGGGACAGGCACUGGAAUCAGAUCAAGCAGGAGAUGCAGCGCUCCUUCGACCACAACAGUGCAGAGUUCACCCUGGAGAAGAUUGUGGCUCUGGGUCUGGAGCAACACGCUGAGCGCAUCUGUGAAAUCUCUGGAGCUGCCAGGAAAGAGCUCUCCAUAGAACAGUCUCUGGAAGGAAUUGCAAAGACAUGGGAGGAGACAUCAUUGGACAUCGCUCCUUACAAAGACAAAGGUCACUACAGACUGAGAGGUACGGAGGAAGUGUUCCAGGCUCUGGAGGAUAACCAGGUGACCCUGUCUACUAUGAAAGCCUCACGCUUUGUCAGGGCUUUUGAGAAAGAGGUGGACCGCUGGGAGCGCUGCUUGUCGCUAGUGCUGGAGGUCAUAGAGAUGAUCCUUACUGUCCAGAGACAGUGGAUGUACCUGGAGAUCAUCUUCCUAGGGGAGGACAUUCGUAAGCAGCUGCCCCACGAGUCCACUGAGUUUGAUGACAUCAACUCCAGCUGGAAGACUAUCAUGGACCGACUGAACAAGGACAACAAUGCGCUGAGAGGAACGCACCACCCAGGUCUACUGGAGAAGCUGUCUGAAAUGAACAGUAAGCUGGAGGAGAUCCAGAAAUCUUUAGACAUGUACCUGGAGACUAAGAGACAGAUAUUCCCACGGUUCUACUUCCUGUCCAACGAUGACCUGCUGGAGAUACUGGGCCAGUCACGCAACCCGGACGCGGUGCAGCCUCACCUCAAGAAAUGCUUCGACAACAUCAAGAGCCUUCGCAUCAACAAGGUGAGAAAUAACAAGUCUGAGGCUGCUGGGAUGUUUUCAGCUGAUGGGGAGUUUGUGGAGUUCACUCAUCCUGUUCUUCUAGAGGGGCCUGUGGAGGCAUGGUUAUGUGAUGUUGAGAGGACCAUGCGCUGGACUUUAAAGGAUACUCUGAGGAACUGCCGCACAGCACUCAAGAAAAUGACUGGAAAAAGAGACAAGUGGGUUAAAGAUUGGCCUGGACAGAUGUUGAUAACAGCCAGUCAGAUCCAGUGGACCACAGACGUCACCAAAUGCCUGAUUACAGGCAAAGAGAGUGCAGACAAAUCCGCACUCAAAUCCAUGAAGAAGAAACAGGUGUCCAUGCUGCACCGCUACUCUGAUGCCAUCAGGGGAAACCUGUCCAAGAUCCUGCGCCUCAAGAUCGUCGCCUUGGUUACAGUGGAGGUCCACGCACGUGAUGUCAUUGACAAAUUGGCCAAAGCGGGCUGCUGUGAUGUCAAUGCCUUCGACUGGCUCUGCCAGCUACGCCUCUACUGGGAAAAGGAUGUGGAUGAUUGCAUUAUCAGACAGACCAACACUCACUUCCAGUACGGUUACGAGUACCUGGGCAACUCUGGCCGCCUGGUCAUCACCCCUCUAACUGACAGGUGCUACAUGACUCUGACCACCGCCCUGCAUCUGCACCGCGGAGGCUCCCCCAAAGGCCCGGCCGGAACGGGCAAGACUGAGACAGUGAAAGACCUGGGUAAAGGUCUGGGCAUGUACGUCAUUGUGGUCAACUGCUCCGAUGGCCUGGACUACAAAUCCAUGGGCCGCAUGUACUCUGGCCUUGCUCAGACAGGUGCAUGGGGUUGCUUUGAUGAAUUUAACCGCAUAAACAUUGAGGUGCUGUCAGUAGUGGCCCAGCAGAUCCUGUCUAUCCUCUCAGCACUGUCUGCAGGACUGACCAACUUCAUCUUUGAAGGCAGAGACAUCUGCUUGGUCUCGUCCUGUGGCAUCUUCAUCACUAUGAAUCCUGGUUAUGCUGGUCGUACUGAGUUGCCUGAUAAUCUGAAGUCCAUGUUCAGGCCCAUCUCUAUGGUAGUGCCUGAUUCCACUCUGAUUGCUGAGAUCACACUUUUCGGAGAAGGCUUCAAUAAUUGCAAGGUUUUGGCUAAGAAGGUGUUCACGCUGUACUGUUUAGCAGUGCAGCAGUUGUCAAAGCAGGAUCACUAUGACUUUGGCCUGCGUGCGCUCACCUCCCUGCUCCGCUACGCCGGCAAGAAGCGCAGAGUCCGUCCUGACAUUGCAGAUGAAGAGAUUCUGCUCAUGUCCAUGAAGGACAUGAACAUUGCCAAACUGACCUCCACCGACCUCCCGCUGUUCAACGGGAUCAUCCAGGACCUGUUCCCAGCUGUGGAGACGCCCACCAUCGACUACGGCAAGCUAAAAGAAACAAUAGAAGAAGAGCUUCAUCAGAGUGGUCUGCAGGUCACUCCGUUCACUGUGACUAAAGUCAUCCAACUGUACGAGACCAAGAACUCCCGCCACUCCUCCAUGAUCGUAGGCAAGACGGGCAGCAGCAAGUCAGUCACCUGGCAGAUCUUACAAAAAGCUCUGAGUGCCAUGCACCGCAAGGGCGAGCCUGGCUUCAAUCUCGUCCACGAGUACCCUCUGAACCCCAAAGCAGUGAGUCUUGGAGAGCUGUAUGGAGAGUAUGACCUCUCCACCAACGAGUGGACCGACGGCGUUCUCUCCUCUCUGAUGAGAAUCGCCUGUGCAGAUGAGAAGCCAGAUGAGAAAUGGAUUGUGUUCGAUGGACCAGUGGAUACUUUGUGGAUUGAAAGCAUGAACUCAGUGAUGGACGACAAUAAAGUUCUUACGCUUAUCAACGGAGAGAGAAUCGCCAUGCCUGAACAGGUGUCCUUGUUGUUUGAGGUGGAAGAUCUAGCUGUGGCGUCUCCAGCGACAGUAUCCCGCUGUGGGAUGGUGUAUAAUGACUACUCAGACCUGGGCUGGAAGCCCUACGUUCAGUCCUGGAUCGACAAGCGGCAGAAGAUGGAGGUAGAUCACCUGAAGCGGCUGUUUGACAGAUACAUAAAGAAAACAAUAAGCUUUAAGAGGACUCACUGUAAGGAGCUGGUACCCAUCACUGAGCUGAACGGAGUCAUUUCUCUCUGCAGACUCUACGAUUCAUUGGCCAGUCCUGAGAAUGGGGUAAACCCAGCAGACAAUGAGAACUAUGGCAGGAUGGUAGAACUUUGGUUCAUCUUCAGCUUGAUCUGGUCUAUCUGUGCUUCUGUGGAUGAGGACGGACGCAAGAAGAUCGACAACUUCUUGCGAGAAAUGGAGGGCACAUUUCCUAACAAGGACACAAUCUAUGAAUAUUACGUGGACACUAAGAACAAAACGUGGGCAUCAUUCGAGGACAAGCUGCCCAAAGGCUGGCGAUAUCCCUCCAAUGCUCCAUUCUACAAGAUCAUGGUUCCCACUGUGGACACAGUGCGCUAUCAUUUCCUGGUGAAUUCUCUGGUGUGUGGCCAGUACCCGGUGCUGCUGACCGGUCCUGUGGGCACUGGGAAGACUUCAGUGGCUCAGAGUGUCCUACAGGGCCUGGAUCCAGCCAAGUGGACCAUGCUCACCAUCAACAUGUCCUCUCAGACCACCUCAAACAAUGUUCAGGCCAUUAUAGAGUCUCGAGUGGAGAAGCGCACAAAAGGUACGUACGUGCCAGUCGGAGGGAAGAAGAUGCUGGCUUUCCUGGAUGAUCUGAACAUGCCCGCAGUGGACGACUUUGGCUCUCAGCCUCCUCUGGAGCUGCUUCGGCUCUGGAUUGAUUACGGCUUCUGGUACGACCGGCAGAAGCAGACCCUAAAGUGUGUCAAGGACAUGUUCCUGCUUGCUUCAAUGGGGCCUCCUGGUGGAGGGAGGACUCACAUAUCAGGCCGCCUGCAGAGUCGCUUCAAUCUCAUCAACAUGACGUUCCCUGCGGAGUCUCAGAUAAAGCAUAUCUUUGGUACAAUGAUAAACCAGAAACUACAGGAGUUUCAGGAGGAGGUGAAGCCCAUAGGAAGCGUUCUGACUCAGGCAACGCUGGAGCUGUACUAUGCCAUUAGCGCCCGCUUUUUACCCACUCCUGCCAAAAUACACUACCUCUUCAACCUCAGAGACAUCUCCAAGGUGUUCCAAGGUCUACUACGCUCUCACAGGGACUUCCAUGACACCAAACAGAGCAUCACACGCCUUUGGAUUCAUGAGUGCUUCAGGGUUUUCUCAGACCGGCUGGUGGACCAGGCAGAUACGGAGGCGUUUGUGGCACUGUUGGCUGAGAAACUGGGCUCCCUCUUUGAUCUCACCUACCAUAACAUCUGUCCCAAUAAACAGCAACCUAUAUUUGGAGACUUUCUGAAAGAGCCACAUGUGUAUGAGGACUUGCUGGACUUUAAAGCUCUGAAGGGCUUCAUGGAGUCCCAGCUGGAGGACUACAACCUCACACCUGGAGUUGUUCCAAUGAGCCUGGUGCUUUUCAGAGAUGCUAUUGAGCACGUGACGCGGGUGGUGCGUGUGAUCAGUCAGCCGAGGGGCAAUAUGCUUUUGGUGGGGAUUGGAGGUUCCGGUAGGCAGAGUCUCUCCAGACUGGCAGCCUACAUCUGUGAAUACAUGGUUUUUCAGGUGGAAGUUACCAAGCAGUACCGCAAGCAGGAGUUUAGAGAGGACAUUAAGAAGCUGUAUAGGCUGACUGGAGUGGACAACAAGCCCACUGUCUUCCUGUUUAAUGACACUCAGAUCAUAGACGAGUCCUUCUUGGAGGACAUCAACAACAUCCUCAGCUCAGGAGAGGUGCCCAACCUGUACAAGUCGGAUGAGUUCGAGGAGGUCCAGAGUGCUCUCUCUGACUCCGCCAGGAAGGAAAAUGUUCUUGAGACUGCAGACGCCAUGUUUAACUACCUGAUUGAGCGUGUGAGAAACAACCUCCACAUAGUGCUGUGCAUGAGUCCCGUAGGAGAGCCUUUCAGGAAUCGUAUUCGUCAGUACCCAGCACUGGUGAACUGCACCACCUUGGACUGGUUCUCCGAGUGGCCGCAGGAUGCUUUGCUUGAGGUGGCCGAGAGGUACCUUGAUGGCCUUAUACUGGGGAAUGUUGAAAAGAUCCAGACCAAAGUGGCUCGUAUCUUUGUGACCAUGCACCAGUCUGUGGCUCAGUUCUCCCAGAGGAUGAAGCUUGAGCUGAAGAGGCACAACUACGUCACACCCACCAAUUACCUGGAGCUGGUGUCUGGAUAUAAGAAGUUAUUGGCUGAGAAGCGUGCUGAGCUUGGUGAGCAGGUGUCGAAGCUCAGGAACGGCUUAUUUAAGAUUGAUGACACACGCAGUAAAGUGGAGGCCAUGUCUGUGGAACUAGAAGAUGCCAAGAAGAAAGUGGCCGAAAUCCAGAAGCAGUGCGAAGAGUACCUGGUCGUCAUUGUGCAGCAGAAGAGAGAGGCAGAUGAACAGCAGAUGGCUGUGAGUGCACACAGUGAGAAGAUUGGAGCAGAGGAGAUCAAAUGCAAGGCGAUGGCUGAAAAUGCUCAGAGAGACCUGGAUGAAGCCCUACCAGCACUAGAGGAGGCCAUGAAGGCCCUGGAAUCCCUGAAUAAGAAGGAUAUGACUGAGAUCAAAUCAUAUGGCCGGCCGCCAGCUCUGGUAGAGACAGUUAUGCAGGCAGUCAUGAUCCUGAGAGGCUGUGAACCCACCUGGGCUGAAGCUAAGAGACAGCUGGGUGAAUCAAACUUCAUUAAGCAGCUGGUGCAUUUUGAUAAGGACAACAUAUCAGACCGUGUGCUGAAGAAGAUUGGCCAGUACUGCACUCAGCCUGACUUCCAACCAGAGAUCAUUGGUAGAGUCUCUCUGGCUGCCAAGUCUCUCUGCAUGUGGGUCAGAGCCAUGGAGGUCUAUGGGCGUAUCUAUCGAGUGGUGGAGCCGAAGCGUGCUCGGCUGCAUGGAGCCAUGACUCAACUGGCCGAAAAACAGGCUGCCCUGGCCGAGGCCGAAAACAAACGUCGAGAGGUGGAAGAAAAACUGAAACAGUUGAAGAACCAGUACGAUGAGAAGUUGAAUCAGAAGGAGGACUUGAGGAAGAAGUCAGAGGAUAUGGAGCUUAAACUGGAUCGAGCUGGCAAACUGGUGUCUGGACUGGCUGGAGAGAGAGUACGCUGGGAACAGACUGUAGAGAGUUUGGAGAAGGACAUGGGCUACCUGGUGGGAGACUGUUUGCUGGCUGCUGCAUUUCUCUCCUACAUGGGUCCAUUCCUCUCCAACUACAGAGAAGAGCUGCUCACAAACAUCUGGAUGAAACAGUUCAGGGAUUUGGAGGUUCCAUGCUCUCCAGGCUUCAAUUUCGCCACGUUCCUCUCCAAGCCCACAGCGGUGCGCGACUGGAACAUCCAGGGCCUCCCAUCUGACGCUUUCUCCACCGAGAACGGAGUCAUCGUCACCCGUGGCAACCGAUGGCCGUUAAUGGUGGACCCUCAAGGACAAGCACUAAAGUGGAUUAAGAACAUGGAGUCUAAAAGAGGUUUAAAGGUGAUCGACCUGCAGAUGCCAGAUUUCCUGCGGAUUUUGGAGAACGCAGUUCAGUUUGGCUCCCCGGUUCUUUUGCAGAACGUGCAAGAAGAACUGGAUCCCUCACUCGCUCCUAUACUCAACAAGUCCUUCACACACAUUGGUGGUAGGGUCUUGCUGAAGCUUGGGGAUAAAGAAGUUGAAUACAACCCAGACUUCCAAUUCUACAUCACCACUAAACUAUCCAAUCCGCACUACACCCCGGAGAUCUCCACCAAAACCACUAUCGUUAACUUCGCUGUAAAAGAGCAGGGACUAGAGGCUCAGCUGCUGGGUAUAGUGGUGCGUAGGGAGCGUCCUGAGCUGGAGGAACAGAAAGACUCUUUGGUGAUCAACAUUGCCUCGGGCAAGAGGAAACUGCAGGAGCUAGAGGACGAGAUUCUCCGCUUGCUGAACGAGGCGACCGGCUCUCUGCUGGAUGACGUGCAGCUGGUGAACACACUGCAAACCUCCAAAAUCACGGCCACCGAAGUGUCAGACCAACUGGAGACCAGCGAACAGACAGAGAUCAAAAUCGAUACUGCCAGAGAGGCCUAUCGUCCUUGUGCGCAGAGGGCCUCCAUCUUGUUCUUCGUAUUAAAUGAUAUGGGCCGUAUAGACCCCAUGUACCAGUUCUCCCUGGAUGCCUACAUAGACCUGUUCAACCUGAGCAUCGAGAAGAGCCAGCGCAGCCACAAACUGGAGGAGAGGAUCAUCAACCUCAACGACUACCAUACUUACGCAGUCUACAGGUACACAUGCCGGGGGCUGUUUGAGCGCCACAAGCUGCUGUUCAGUUUCCACAUGUGUGCUAAGAUCCUCGAAGUGGCUGGAAAGCUCAACAUGGAUGAGUACAGCUUCUUUCUUCGAGGAGGGCUGGUCUUGGAUAAAGAAGGGCAGAUGGAUAACCCAUGCACUAGUUGGCUCGCUGACUCUAACUGGGACAACAUUACUGAAUUGGACAAGCUGGCUAAUUUCCACGGGCUCAUGUCCUCCUUUGAGAAGUACCCCAAGGACUGGCACCAGUGGUACACUAGUUCGGAACCAGAGAAUGCCCCUCUACCUGGUGAGUGGGAGACUGUAUGUAACGAGCUGCAGAAGAUGUUGAUAGUGCGUUCUCUGAGGCAGGACCGUGUCUCUUUCUGCGUCAACUCCUUCAUCAUCAAUAACCUGGGAUCGCGCUUUGUAGAGCCUCCUGUGCUCGACAUGAAGGCCGUAGUGGAGGACUCCACCACUAAGACACCCCUGAUCUUCGUGCUGUCUCCUGGUGUAGACCCUACAGGUGCUCUGGUGCAGCUGGCAGAGGCAUCAGGCAUGGGCCCCAGCUUCCACGCUCUCUCUCUGGGACAGGGGCAGGCCCCCAUUGCCACUCGCAUGAUCAAAGAGGGAGUAAAGAAUGGUCAUUGGGUUUUCCUAGCUAACUGCCACCUGUCCUUGUCGUGGAUGCCUCAGCUGGAUAAGCUGGUGGAGCAGCUCCAGGUGGAGGAUUCUCACCCAGACUUCAGACUGUGGCUCAGUUCCUCCCCUCACCCAGAAUUCCCUAUCGCCAUACUGCAGGCUGGCAUCAAAAUGACCACAGAGCCACCCAAGGGGGUGAAGUCCAAUAUGAAACGUCUGUACCAGCUGGUGACCGAGUCACAGUUCUCGCGCUGCUCACGGCCCGUCGUCUACCGCAAGCUGCUCUUCUCCCUCUGCUUCUUCCACAGCAUCCUGCUCGAGCGCAAGAAGUUCCUCCAGCUCGGCUGGAACAUCGUCUACAGCUUCAAUGACUCUGACUUUGAGGUGAGCGAGAACUUAAUGAGUCUGUAUUUGGAUGAGUACGAGGAGAUCCCCUGGGACGCUUUGAAGUACCUCAUUGCCGGGGUCAACUACGGAGGUCAUGUUACGGAUGACUGGGACCGCCGCCUCCUCACUACAUACAUCAAUGACUACUUUUGUGAGGGCGCUGUCAACACUCCCUUCUUUAAACUGUCCUCUCUGCCUACCUAUUACAUCCCUCGUGACGGGUCUCAGGACACAUAUCGUGAGUAUAUCAGGCAGUUACCACCGGUGGAGCACCCAGAGGUCUUUGGGCAGCACCCGAAUGCAGACAUUGCCAGCCAGAUCUCAGAAACACGCACUCUCUUCGACACACUCCUAUCUCUCCAGCCCCAAGUUACUAGCACUACAGCUACAGGGGCAGGACCCAGUCGUGAGGACAAGGUUUUAGAAAUCUCUGCUGAUGUGCGUCAGAAGGUCCCAGAACUGGUGGACUAUGAGAGCACGCAGAAACUCCUGCAGGACGACCCGUCUCCUCUUAAUGUAGUGCUGCUGCAGGAGAUUCAGAGAUACAAUGCUCUACUACACACCAUCAGGACAUCUCUGACAGAGUUGGAGAAGGGUAUUAAAGGUCUAGUAGUGAUGUCCAGCAGUCUAGAGGAGAUGUUCCAGUGUAUCCAUGAUGCUCGUGUGCCCCCCCUGUGGGAGAAGGCGUACCCAUCUCUGAAACCCUUGGCAUCAUGGACGAGGGACCUGUGCCAGCGGGUGGAGCAGUUUGCACACUGGGCGGAGACUGCACAUCCUCCAGUGCUCUUCUGGCUGUCUGGCUUCACCUUUCCCACAGGCUUUCUCACAGCUGUGCUACAGUCCUCCGCACGGCAGCACAACGUGUCUGUGGACACACUUUCUUGGGAAUUUAUUGUGUCUACAGUGGAUGACAACAACCUACUCUUUCCUCCCAAGGAUGGUGUGUUUAUUCGGGGGCUGUAUUUGGAGGGAGCUGGCUGGGAUAAGAAGAACUCGUGUCUGGUGGAGGCAGAGCCCAUGCAGCUGGUUUGCCCCAUGCCCACCAUCCAUUUCAGACCUGUGGAGAACCGCAAGAAAGUGGCCAAGAAUAUGUACUCUUGCCCCUGCUACUACUUCCCGGUUCGUUCAGGAGGGGCGGGUCGUCCUUCCUUUGUGGUAGGAGUGGAUCUAAAAUCAGGAGCCGUGUCUUAUGAGCACUGGAUCAAGAGGGGAACAGCACUACUGAUGAGUCUGGACAACUAGAGAAGCAACUCCUACAUUUAGAUAUUAACUUUUUUUCAUAUUCACCUUAUACCAAAUCUACAAUAUUGCAUUUUUUCUGAUUUGUUUUUCUAAUUUGAAUCUACGUGUUUUCUGUUUUCUAAUUUGAUCUAAUUUUCAUUUACAUUUUCUUCCACUUAAAGUUAAGAAGGUUUUCUUCUUCCUGUGAAGUUGUUGGUGUUUAUUUUGUUUAACAUUGUUAGUAUGCACAGCUUAAAUUAAUGCUGAUAGCACUGUAAAGCAGAGUUUGAUGCUUAUUUUCAUACUUACAUAUCUUUAAAUGAGAUUGCAUAUUUUUACACUUUCAAAGAAAACGUUUAAAUCACCUGUAAAUAGUUCUAUGCCAGCAGCUACAUGAAAUAUAAAAUGCUAUUAAAAGAAAUGGAAUACGGAUUUAAUUAAACAAUUCUCACUGAAUUCUUAA